AUGAGUCGGGACGAAAGGUUGAUCAAGGCGUUGGAGGAUCUUCAAAAGCGGCAGGACGCAAGAAGGAAUGAGCGGAAAGACUUGAGGGCGAGCCUGACCCAGUUUUUGAACAUCUUUUUGGGUGUUGCGGGCAUCAUCUUUGGUGCACUUGCCCAGUCUUCAAGGUUGACAUGCCAGCAUGUCUGGAUACCUAGCGUGCUGCUGACUCUGGCAGGCGGAGUGACUUCAGCAGGGGUCUGGAGCAGGUUGGAACGAAUCCUAGGGGAUUUCAAUAUCAAAAAGUUUGAUCUGAACAAGAUCAAGGACCAUAAGUCCAUCGUUAUCAUCGGUCGCAGAGGUACGGGGAAGACGACAUUGAUCACCGAUAUCCUAUAUCGCAAGCGCGAUUUACCAGCAGGGCUCGUGAUGUCAGGCACGGAGGACGGGAACAGCUACUAUCGACAAUUCAUUCCCGACACUUUUAUCUAUGGAGCAUAUGACGAAGAUGUCAUUUGUAAGCUCAUUGCCCGCCAAAAGAAUAUGAAACGCUUGAAUGCUAAGCACUCGGAGUGCUUCCUUCUCCUCGACGAUUGCCUUUUCAACCCCAAGAUACUAAAGGGUGAUACAAUGCGCUUCCUGUUCAUGAAUGGGAGGCACUUCAACAUCACGCUCAUCCUUGCGGCACAAUGGGUGAUGGACAUCCCCCCAGCAAUCCGUGCCAACAGUGACUACGUGUUUGUUUUCAAUGACCCAAUCGUGAACAACCGCAAGCGCUUCUUUGAGCACUACUUUGGGGUCUUUAGAUCGUUUCAGCAAUUUGAGGCUGUCUACAAGGCAUGCACUUCAGACUUUGAGUGCAUGGUUCUGGACAACACUUUGCAAUCUUCCAACCCGGAGGACUGCAUCUUCUGGUACAAGGCGCAGAUCCACAAGCCCUUCAAGCUCGGUGCGCCAGAAUACUGGUCCUUCCACAAAAAGUGCUACGGUCAGGAGGAUAACAAGUCCUCCAUCACUGAGGUGAACGGAGUGAGAAUCCGAAAGUCAAAGUAG